AUGGAUUCACCCAUACCAACUAAAGAUAAUGCAACACGUAUUCCAAGACCACUGUUGUUAUCAGCAUACGGUGUUGACAAUAAAAUUACUGCAAUAAAUGUAUUAAAUCGAUGGAUGUAUAUUUUUCCACAUUAUCGGGACCAAAAUGUCCACGUCAUUGGUUUUUCUACAGAUGCCGACAGAAGAUAUGUAAGCGCUAUGCGUCUUGCAAGUGGUUUUUUUGCAUCAUUAUCCGAUGUACAAUUAGAUAAGCAUCAAUAUGCAUUUACAAUUAAUAUACCAACACAUUGGACAUGGUUUUUCCUUCGACAUAACCAGUUACUUUUGUUUUUCCAAGAUUCAGUUCAUCUUGUAACAAAAUGCAGAAAUCGAUUAUUGUCAUCAACAACUGAUUUAUGUUUUGGAAUCGACAAAAUCAGUAUAACACAUAUUGAAGCAUUGAUCAAUGAUGGUCAUAAUACAAAAAGUGAUCUUCGUCUCACGAGCAGCGACAUUAAUCCGAAAGAUCGCCAGAACUACAACUCAUGCAUUAAAUUUAUAUUAGAUGACGUGAUAAAUCUUUUAAUUAAUGCUGUGGACACUAAUGGAACCGUUGUAUACUUAACUUUAUUAAAAAUGAUAGUGAAAGCUUAG